AUGAGCGAAAGAGAUUUUUAUUUUUUUAUUAAAUUCACAUCAAAAUAUCAAAGGAAGAUCAUUGCUUCUCAUUAUAUGGCCCGUAAUCGAUAUUUCAAUCCCCUUCCAGAAAGCGACUUCAAAUCUGUGUUGGCAGGUUUCUAUUUGCAGAUGGUUAACGAAUUUGCGUCGUUUUCAUUAAAGACAAGCAAAGGUGCUGCUUCAAAUAAUUUGUGUUUUCCACAGAUCCUACAUGUAUGUUUCGAUCAGACACCAAAAGAAAACAGCGAGGAAGAAAUUAACGUGAAUAACUAUUUGAAAAUGCGCAUAGAAAAUUAUAUUGACAAACAAAAUAUGACUUCAUCGCAAAUCAAGAGAUUCAGAAAAGAAGAAACUCUCAAGUUGUUGGAAGACUUGAUUUGGAUUAAUUCUUCUGGACAGUACAACAAAAAAGAAAAGAGUUUUACUUUUCUAUUAAAUGACCAUGAAAAAAAUGUCUAUACGAACGGAGCUAUAAAACAAAUUGGAAAGGCAGUAUUGAAUAAAAUUAAAGUCAUGAUGUCGACAUCAUUAAACAAACGAGUUAUAAUUGAAAAAAAUCAACUCAACUUCACUUCGACGUUGUAA